UUUGUUGACAUUUUUCUAAUGCAAUGAAACUUGAAAACAUCGCUGCCCUCGUGUUGGAUAGGGGGCUAAAGAUGAUGCCGGAUUACAAAUCACAGUUUUUCCCUUUAUUCAUCAGGACCAACUCUGGAAUUUUCCCGAACAUUUCGGUGUCCAAUGUUUAAUUCUCUGCGAGGACAAGCAGGACAGCAGCAAUUGGUCCACUGAAGACAAAGCUCACCUUCGUUAAGGAAUAGAAAAAGGAGAACAUAUGAAGCAAACUACAGCGAAGCAGUAGCUCUGCGUCCUGGACGUCGGCAGCCUCGUUGUGCUAGUGUGAGUUGGCGCGCGCUUUGGCGUAUGUGUCCGCGUGCGCGUUGCUGAGUCAGGCGCGGACCCUCUCGUCUCGGUUCCCCUCCGCCGCUCCUCUCUCCCCGCCUCUCCGAACAUCUGCCCGUGACUUUCUGCUCCCGCCGCCGAGGGGAUUCUCAUGUCUGGACUCUGCGCCGCGGAGCUGCUGCCCCUCUCGCCGCCGUGAAUCUGCUCGGCAACUUGUUCGCCUGGCCGCCCAUGGGCGCUGCUGCUGCUCUCACCCACUCCGCUGCUCCACCGGCUCGGGGCUGUCCGGUGCGCCUCUGCGGUCGCUCGCUCGGUUGGUUCGGGACGGUGCCGAGCUCCGCUUUUAUGAAUGACUAAAGAGACGGAGGUGGAGGUGGAGGUGGGGCAGAGGGGGGGAGGAAAUGCGAGUAAGCGCUAAACCCCCGUGCAGCAGCCCGGGCUCCCGGGGGGCCAGCCACCGAUGAGAGACGGAUUAUCGGCGGCUCAUUGCGGAAAAGCGAGCCUGACUGCAGACUGGCGUGGAAACGCGCCGUGACCACAUAGCGUAGAACAUCGGAACACAGCCGCGGCGACCACAAUGUCCAUCCACAUUGUUGCUUUGGGCAGUGAGUGUCCCGGAGGAGUCGGGCCCGGGGAGGAGCUCAUGGGCCAGGGCCAGCUGCAGGGAGGCUUGCUGUGGAGCUACCUGGGUCACGGAGCGCUGGUGGGACCCUGCGACCUGGAGGGCAGCUUGCACAACCCGGCCUUCAUGGAGUACACCUCACGCGUGUUUGGAGACGUCACGGUGGUGGUUCGGGAUUGCCCCAGUUGGGACUUGUUGGACAGCGACUGGUCCAGUGUGCGGAAAGUUCUCGAGCAGGCCGACAUCCUCGUCAUUAAAUACGCCGUCACGGACAAGCUCGCCUUCCAGCAGGUCAGGAAUGGCUACGCCCCGAGGCUCCGCCCUCUCCUGAGGCACUGGGGUGUGCCAGUCAUCCUUGUUGCUGUUGGAGCACGACUGAAUGAUGAAGGACCUCCGUGUACGUGUCCACUGUGUGCGUCUGACUGGAGCAGCUGUGUGCCGCACAGUGAAGGUCUGCAGCUCUCCCGGGACCUGGGUGCCACUUAUUUGGAGCUGCCCUCUCUCAACCACGUCUUCGUCGGCCGCUACUUUGGCAGCGUGCUGGAGUACUUCAUGAUUCAGUGCCUGAAACACAAAGCCAAAGAGAGGCCAGACAAGAGGCGAGGGAACAAAGUGAACGAGCUGCGUCCUCCUCACUUAGAGCAACCAGCUCGUCUUCCUCCUAUCCGAGUGGAGGAGUCCAGCUUCUCCCAGGACAUGCAGUGGCUGUUGGAGCGCGGCGUGCAGUUUGCCGACGUAGCCUUCUACUCCGGGGAUUCUGGGAAAGAACUGGGGUGGGCCCACGCGGCCGUGCUGUGUGCCGUCAGCCCGUACUUCCGACAGCUGCUUCUGGGCCCCAAAGCCAGGGAACGUCCACAGUCACGGUGUGUCUGCAGGGAGCGAGAAGGAGGCCCCCAUUCGCUGCUCUCCACCUGGGACGGCAGCAUUAUUGACGACUUGCCCCGGUCGGAUGGACACGUGACGGGACGGCUCACUCGGCUGGUGGUGAAGGACCCCCUGCUGUGCAUGUGCCUGUGGGAGACGCUCAUGUUUAUUUACAGAGGAGCGUGGGAGUGGGAGCAUCUCCAGGAGGCCCUGGAGGAGAAGCUGAAGAACUCGCUGGCCGUGGCUCAACUUAUGGAGCGCAUACGAUCUCUUCUCAGCAGAGACAGGAGCUCCAGGGACACGCCGAGUGCACGGGCAGCUCAACUCGGACCCCAGACCCUCGUCAACCUCUUUAAUUCCCCUCUUUACUCGGACGUCAUUUUCAUGGUUCAAGGAAGCGUGUUGCCCGCCCACCGAGCGGUGCUGGUGGCCCGCUGCGACGUGAUGGCGGCCAUGUUCAGCGGAAAGUACGCCGAGGCCCGGAGCAGAGUGGUUCCCAUCCACGGCGUCUCCUCGGACACCUUUCUGUCUUUUCUGGAGUACCUCUACACUGACUCCUGCUGUCCUGCCAGUGUGCUGCAGGCCAUGGCGGUGCUGGUCUGCGCCGAGAUGUACCAGGUGAAACGGCUCCAGCACCUGUGCGAGGUGUGCGUGUGCGCCUACCUGCAGAGCAUGCCCAGUAGAGAGCUGUCGUCGACGGGGAUCAGCGUGGUUCGACUUCUGCGUCGAGCGAAGUGCCACAACGCAGAGCAGCUGUACGUCUGGCUCCUCCACUUCAUCGCCAACAACUACCUGAUCUUUAGUCAUAAACCCGACUUCCUGGAGCUGUCAGAGGAGGAGCGUGAGCAGGUGGAGAGGCUCCGCUGGCCGUCCAGAGGAUACCUGCAGGAGCUCAGCGAGUAUCAGCAGCGGCGGCGCAAACUUCGCAAGUCCCGCUGCUUGGUCAUGUGACCGCACCUGGAGGCCCCCGCCCUGCAGGAAGGGAACAGGGGGUGGGACGGAGGAAAGGAAUCAAGGGAGGGAAUGACCCGAGCGAGGAGAGGAUUGUUGACUGAAACAAAAGUUUGACUUUGUGGAGCAACACUGGAAAGGACGAGUUGAGAGACAGCAACAGAAAUAAACCGAUCGUUUGGGACACGAGUCUCCACUUUUUCCUCCCUCCUUGCCUACAGACUGUUGCAACACGGGCAAUACAAAACGACUGAUCCUUAAAAACCCAAGAGGAUUUUAAAAACGACCGUCUGACCUCUGGUCGGAGGCUCUGUGAUAGAUUAUAUUUUCUACUGGCAAUACAGCUUCAAGGACAAAACGACACUCAUCGGAAAACAAACCAGCAUUAAUUAUAUGCAGAUUGUUUGAAGCUUGUUCCUAAUGUAACUUCAGGUUGAAAACAAACAAACAAACAAACAAACAAAAAAAAAAGAAAACAAAAGAAGAAGAAAAGAAAAUCAGGAAGUGGCCGAUCUGUGUGGUACAACGUCCGGACGUCGUUAUUAAUUCAGCGCCUUGCGAAAGAAGUCGAACCCCUUAAACUUUUUACACGUUGUCACAUUAAAACUAUAAACCUUCUGUGUUUUAAUGGUAUUUUAUGUGAUAGACCAACAAAAUAAAAUGAAAUAAUCUCUUUGUGGUGGAAAGUAGACGGGAAACAAUACAGAUUUGUCUUUAAAAUCUAAUAAAGCGCGGCAUGUGUUUGUAUUCACACCCUGGAGGUAAUACCACGUGACUUCAAGCUACGGCUUGUUCUUUCAUAUGGUGAAAGAUCGACACACUCAGAGCGCUAUCUAAGCCAAAACUGUACAAAAAAAAUAAACAUAUUUUGGAUUUAAGAUAAAAAAACCAAACAAAAAACACCUUCUUUGUCUGUAAAUAUGAUCGACCCAGAACUCCUAAAGUGUUACAGCUUUUGCUUCACGCGAUUCAAAUUCUGUAGCAUAAAUAAAUGAAAAAAAAUAAAAAUCUCUUAUUAAGCACCUUUUGGACUCAUAUAUGAAGGAGUUAAUUCAAAAUACAUCAGCGGAUUAGUCCAACACUAAAUGAGCUUUUCACAUAUUGAUGUUAGGAUUGUAUUUUCAGCACUAAAAUGUUUAUUUUCUUAUUUAAAUAAGUAUUUUAUUUGCAUCACUUAAUGUAUCCCUGUUAUUUUAUAAAAAGACCAAAGCAGUUGAGUAAAAAAAAUCUGCACAAGAUGCCAAUUUUUUUAAUCGAUUAAUCAUCAGAAUAACUGAUUAGUAAAACAAUCAUUAGCUGUGAAUGCAAAAUAAUUUGAGUUUCUUCUGCUAGUGUUCGAUGACUGACAGUUGUCCUUCUUAUGAAGAACUUUUUGUUGAUGUGAAUCAGAAUAAAGGGGUGGAACAAAUACAAAUCCAUGCCAUUGCUUUUCAAACUCUCGCACCAUUUUGUGUUGGUCCAUCGCAUAAAAACCCCGACAAAACUCAAUCAAGUUUUGUGGUUGUGACGAGUCGGGACGCGAACAGAUCCAGUGUGUUUCCAUGUCCUGAUGGAUCAAUAAUGGUCACGGCGCGCGCACACGCACACACACACACACACACACACACAACACACCAGGCGUUUCUUAAAAGCGGAAACAUCCGACAUCCCUUUCGCCUGCUCCGGUUCCUGUCUGUACUAUAUCAGGAGCUCAGAUCAGCGUUUGAGCAGAACCAAUUUAAUUGCUAUUUCAAAUUUUAUUGCCUGAUCACUAAAACAUCUCGUUUGGGGGCGAAGGGGGCAAAUUGGUUUAAACAAGGGCAUUUUUCACUUGCACUGACAAUACUAAUAAUAAGUCUGAAUUUAAAUCCUUUAAACAGAUGGUGUGAAGGUUGUAAGAUGACUUAAAAGUUUUAUGCACCAAAUGUAAACAUUACUCACUAUGUUUUUGUUACAGUAUUAUUCUAAUCUGUUUAGCUUUAGUUUUUUUACAAUGGUUUUGGUGCAUUGGAAACAUAUUGAAUAGUCCAUAUUGGGAGCAUUUUGACGUAUCAGAUUUGUCAAAGGUGGAAUAGAAAAGAACAUGAAUUAAUACAGGAAAAACCUUGCUGCCUCUGAGUUACCACAAUAUUUAUUUUAUCCUGUUUAAUUUGUUGCUAUCGUUUCUUUUUAAGCAAGAUUAUUUUCAAUCAUAAUGGGAUUUAUGAUUUAUGGUGCUGCAAUUAUUUUUGUAAAAUCUAUAUAACCUGUGGGCGUUUCCUUAAACGUGACGUAGAGACAACGCGGCGGCUCUGAUUUACAGUCGGACUUUUCGCUGCUAUUUACAAGAGAAGUGUGUAAGUGAAACUCAUCAGUGACCAGUUUUUACAGCUCUUUGUGUAUCCCAUUGAUUACUAUCAAUGUAUUAUAAUUAAUCGCGCCAUCUGUGGCACAGUCGGAACGACUAGCUGAGUAGUUGUGCAGAAACGUAGCCGAGAUCCGCGUGUCGCCGUCGGUCCGUUUCACCGGAAGGCCGCCAAAUUCGGCGUCCGACAAGAAGUCCUCGUAUGGAUCUGAACUCGUGAGCGAAGGCAGUAAAUGGCAGGUGAAACUCUGGACUGUGGAACAAAAGUGGGACCCGGUGAGAACCGGGCUGAGCCUGAGCUGUACAGACUGUAGAUAAAACAGUGUCUGACUUUAAAUAAAGACUUGUUUUAGAACGAA